CAACAUUUUUCUAUCUUGCUUAAACUGUUAGGAAAUAUACUAUUAAUAAGAAUAUUCAUCAGUAUCUUUUGGCAAUAAUUGCUUAUAGUACAGAUUACCUAUUUUAAUUCUAUUCAUUUUGCAGAGGCGUCUAAAGAAUCGGAGACCAAAAUUGAUUGAAAAAAUAGAACUACAAGAUUUCUCACUAGGUUCAUGCCCACCUGACUUAGGACGGCAGGGUAUUCGCUGGGUCACCUCAGGUGAUCAGCAAGUCAUGCAGCUGGGAUUUGAUUGGGAUACCAAUGAGAUGAGCGUGAUGUUCUUGGCAAAGUUGGCAAAGCCGCUGAUCGGGGCUGCCCGCAUUGUCAUAAACAGCAUUCACAUAAAGGGAGAUCUGCUUUUGAUACCAAUUCUUGAUGGCCAAGCACUGCUCUACUCUUUUGAGUCCACUCCUGAGGUCAGAGUUGGUGUUGCAUUUGGAAGCGGUGGAAGCGAUACACUUCCGGCCACAGAACUACCUGGUGUUUCAACAUGGUUGGUGAAGCUUUUUACUGAAACCUUGAAUAAAACAAUGGUUGAGCCUCGCCGCCAAUGUUUUCCUUUACCACCGGUAGAUCUAAGGAAAAAGGCUGUUGGAGGUGUUAUUUCUGUUACCGUGAUUUCCGCUAGUAAUGUGGGCAGGAAUACCAUAAAAAGUAACAACUCCGAAAGUCCUCAGCGUUCAAUGCUAGGCAGUUCUAAGGUUAAUGGGAGCUUCAGAAAUAAGGUGUUGCAGACAUUUAUUGAAGUAGAAAUCGGUGAUUUAAUGAGAAAAACAAGUAUCAGUGCUGGUUCAGACCCCAUAUGGAAUUCGACCUUUAACAUGGUAUUGCAUGGAGAUUCAGGAGUUGUUAGAUUUCACCUUUAUGAGUGUGAUUCAACCAGCAUCAAAUAUAAUUACAUAACCAGCUGUGAGAUAAAGCUGAAGUAUGUCUUAGACGAUUCGACAAUAUUUUGGGCAAUAGGAAAUGGAUCUGGUGUAAUAGCAAAACAUGCCGAGGAUUGUGGAAAGGAAGUUGGAAUUGUCGUUCCAUUUGAGGAUAGUAAUUUUGGAGAGUUGACUGUGAGCCUUGUACUAAAAGAAUGGCAAUUUUCUGAUGGUUCGAUCAGCUUGGGUAACUCUGUCAUAAGCAGAUCUCAACCUUCCUUUUACGGUUCACCAAAUCUUCAAUUGAGGACUGGGAGGAAAUUGAAAGUUGCAGUAGCGGAAGGUAGGAAUCUAUUUGUGAAGGAAAAAUCCGGAAAAUGCGACCCCUAUGUAAAACUCCAAUAUGGAAAGACUCUCUACAGAACAAAGGCGCUCUCUCAUACCUUGUUUCCUGUUUGGAACCAAAAAUUUGAGUUUGAUGAAAUAGCAGGCGGUGAGUAUCUCAUGAUCAAAUGCCUAAGUUCAGAAAUCUUUGGUGAUGAGAACAUUGGAAGUGCUCGAGUGAACUUGGAGGGGAUUUCGGAAGAUUCUUGUCGAGAUGUGUGGGUUCCCCUUGAAAAAGUGAGCUCGGGUGAGAUAAGGCUCCAGAUAGAGGCUGUAAAGAACGAGGACAAUGAAGGACCGAAGAAUUCAGCUACCAGUUACGGAAGUGGCUGGAUCGAGCUAGUCCUCAUUGAAGCUAGAGACCUUGUCGCUGCUGAUUUAAGAGGAACUAGUGAUCCUUACGUGAGAGUGCAAUAUGGGAAUACAAAGAAACGGACUAAGGUGGUGCACAAGACACUUAAUCCGCAUUGGAACCAAACCCUUGAGUUUCCCGACACAGGGAAACCUUUGGUCCUAUAUGUGAAAGAUCAUAAUGCCGUACUACCAACCUCAAGUAUAGGCCAUUGCACUGUUGAAUAUCAGGGGCUGGCCCCAAACCAGACAGCCGACAAAUGGAUACCGCUUCAAGGCGUAAGAAGUGGAGAGAUUCAUGUGCAAGUUACAAGAAAAAUUCCAGAACUAGAGAAGAAAAUCACCAUAGAGACCGAUAGUUCUCCAUUAACCAAAGGUCAUACGGUGUCGGUGCAGAUGAGAGAUCUAUUAAAGAAACUGGGAGGCUUCGUGGAGGAUGGUGAUCUCGAGGGGCUGUCUCUGGCGCUGAGUGAAGUUGAAACUGUCGAGGACGCCCAGGAGGAAUACAUUCUUCAGCUUGAGAGGGAGAAGGCAUUACUACUUAGUAAGGUUAGCGAACUCGACCACGAGAUCAGUAGGACUUCGUCGAGCCCUGCAAACAUACUAUUCUGAAUCUCUCUUAUAAACUUGAACAGUUCUAGGUAGGUGUUUUACAGUAUAGUAGUAAGCAGAUUUGUAUGUGAAUUUACUGUAUCAUGCUGAAGGAUUGUAUCAUUCGUUCGGCGAUAGAGUGUCGAGAUGUAAUUGUACAAUGACACAUUGAAAUAGAUGGAAUUGAGGAUUUGUAUAGCAAAAAUAAAGUUCUGUAAGGUUUAUUUGAAUUUUA